UACGUCCCCAGCCUUCGUGGAAACCACACGCCAAAAGCGGCUCCCUCCACUUCCACGCUCCCACUCACGCCACGCGCGCCGGGAAGCUGCGAGAACGAUGCGGCUGCAGGGCUGAGCGCCACCGGCUCUCUUUCCACCCGCCGCGACGCGACGUUCGGCUGCAGCGCUGCGUAAAAGAUGAACCUUCGGGCCGGCUGAACGUGGAGGCUGCAGACCCACGCGCUUCGGUGAAAGGUGGGGGAGGGGGGACGGCAGGCCGUCUACUUAAGAGGAUAAAAGAAAGGACGGAAAGGGAAAGGGAGCUAUUUAUAAGGUGGACGCUCUCGGUGACGUCAUGAGCGGCGGAGCGGACGAGAGCUCGGUGCGCGUUGCCCUGAGGAUCCGUCCUCAGUUGGCUAAAGAAAAGAUCGAAGGCUGUCACAUAUGCACAUAUGUGAUGCCCGGAGAACCGCAAGUGGUCCUCGGCAAGGACAAGGCCUUCACCUUUGAUCAUGUUUUUGACAUGGACACUCAGCAGGAAGCUAUCUACACCCACUGUACAGAGAGACUCAUUGAGGGGUGCCUUGAAGGCUACAACGCCACCAUCUUUGCAUAUGGACAGACCGGUUCAGGUAAGACGUACACCAUGGGAACCGGCUUCGAUGUCAACAUCGGAGACGAAGAGCAGGGCAUCAUUCCCCGGGCCGUCCACCACCUGUUCAGGGGGAUCGAGGAGCGCAGACAGGCUGCCACCGAGCAGGGCAGGCCUGUCCCUGAGUUCAAGAUCAACGUGCAGUUCCUGGAGCUGUACAACGAAGAGGUUCUGGAUUUGUUUGACACGACCCGAGACCUGGAGGCCAGGAGGCAGAGGUCCAACAUCAAAAUCCAUGAGGACGCCAAUGGGGGCAUCUACACCGUGGGGGUCACCACCCGUACCGUCACCUCGGCUGCUGAGAUGAUGCAGUGCCUGAAGCUGGGCGCCUUGUCUCGCACCACAGCCAGCACCCAGAUGAAUGUCCAGAGUUCGCGCUCCCACGCCAUCUUCACCAUCCACCUCUGCCAAGUGCGAGUCUGCUCUACUGAUAACAAUGAUAAUGUCACCGAUAACCGGCUGGCUAGUGAUUCAGAGAUAAAUGAGUUUGAAACGCUGACCGCCAAGUUCCACUUUGUGGAUCUGGCCGGCUCAGAGAGAUUGAAAAGAACCGGAGCCACAGGAGACCGAGCAAAAGAGGGCAUCUCCAUCAACUGUGGACUGCUUGCCUUGGGAAAUGUCAUCAGUGCUUUGGGGGACCGAAGUAAACGCUCCACCCACGUGCCUUACAGAGACUCCAAACUCACCCGGCUCUUACAGGACUCACUAGGCGGCAACAGCCAAACUGUCAUGAUCGCCUGCAUCAGCCCAUCUGACCGAGACUUCAUGGAGACCUUGAACACCCUAAAGUAUGCCAACAGGGCCCGAAACAUCAAGAACAAGGUAAUGGUGAACCAGGACAGAGCCAGCCAGCAGAUCAGUGCCCUCAGGACGGAGAUAGCCCGGCUGCAGAUGGAGCUGAUGGAGUACAAGACGGGGAAACGUGUGUUGGGGGAAGAUGGUGUGGAGGGCAUCAAUGAUCUGGUCUAUGAGAACUCAAUGUUGCAGACGGAGAACAACAACCUGAGAGUGAGAGUGAAGGCUAUGCAAGAGACUAUUGAUGCACAGAGGAUGCGGCUGACGCAGCUCCUCAGUGAGCAGGCCAGCCAGGUCCUCGCUAAAGCAGGUGAAGGGAGUGAAGAAAUUGGGAAUAUGAUUCAGAACUACAUUAAAGAAAUCGAGGAGCUACGAGCGAAGCUUCUCGAGAGCGAAGCUGUGAAUGAGAAUCUGAGAAAGAGCCUGUCUCGGGCGUCGGCCCGCUCAUCGCUGUACGGCGGCCCAGGCUCCUUUUCCUCCGCCCUGAUCGCCCCGGAGAAGGAGGCCAGUGACGUCAUCGAGAUGGCCAAGAAAAACCUGGAGAAGCUUAAGAAGAUGGAGAAGAAGAAGAAGAAAAGGCUGAGACGGUACGAGGAGAAUCAGCACCCUGAGGCUGAGCUGGCCAGUGUUGUCAAGGAGGAGCUCCCUGACAACGAUCAGGAGAGAAGCAACGAGGAGGCAGAGGGGGAAGCAAGUGGGCAUGAAGACGGAGAAGAUGCAGAUGGAGAAGAGGAUGACUUCGAUAUGGAAGGAGAGGAGUCGUCUGAAGGUUCAGACUCAGACGAGCUGGAUGAGAAAGAAAACGUGCAGGCUGACCUGGCCAACAUCACGUGCGAGAUCGCCAUCAAGCAGAAGCUGAUCGAUGAGCUGGAGAACAGCCAGCGGCGCCUCCACACCCUCAAGCAGCAGUACGAGCAGAAGCUGAUGAUGCUGCAGAACAAGAUCCGAGACACGCAGCUGGAGAGGGACAAAGUUCUGCACAACAUGGGCUCAGUUGAAUCGGGCACUGAGGAGAAAGCCAAAAAAAUUAAGGCAGAGUACGAGAGAAAGCUGAGCAGCAUGAACAAAGAGCUGCAGAAGCUCCAGUCGGCGCAGAAGGAGCACGCCCGCCUGCUAAAGAACCAAACGCAGUACGAGAAGCAGCUGAAGAAGCUCCAGCAGGAUGUCAACGAGAUGAAGAAGACUAAAGUGGCGCUGAUGCGUCAGAUGAAGGAGCAGCAGGAGAGGAGUAGGGCAACAGAGUGCAGGAGGAACAGAGAGAUCGCUACUCUGAAGAAGGACCAGCGCAGAGCAGAGCUUCAAGUGAGGCAGCUGGAGGCCCAGAAAAGACAACAGGAGCUGAUCCUUCGCAGGAAGAAUGAGGAGGUGACGGCUCUGAGGCGACAGGUGAGACCAGUGUCUGGAAAGGUGAGCAGGAAGCUGAGCUCACCGGAGUCAGCUCUGGAAGCUUCAUCAAGAGGGAACCUCGGGCGGCCGCGGACGUCCGGAGCAAACCCGUCCAAUGGAGCGAGGAGCUCCACCAUGAGGAUGGGGAGCAUCUACCUGAACAGGACGGCCAGGACAAAGUGGCAGUCUCUGGAAAGACGUGUCAGUGACAUCAUAAUGCAGAGGAUGACCAUUUCCAACAUGGAGGCAGACAUGAACCGACUUCUGAAGCAAAGGGAGGAGCUGACCCGGCGGCGGGAGCGCGUGUCCAGGAAGAGAGAAAAGCUGGCGGCGGACGGCGCUGAUGCCGACCGCUCUCUAGCCUCCCUGAACGAGGAGCUGGAGUCACUAGGCGCUAACAUCGACUACAUCAACGACAGCAUCGCCGAAUGCCAGGCCAACAUUAUGCAGAUGGAGGAGGCCAAGGAGGAAGGAGACACCGUGGACAUCACUGCCGUCAUCAGCUCCUGCAGCCUAUCAGAAGCCCGCUUCCUUCUGGACCAUUUUGUCUCCAUGGCGAUCAACAAGGGUCUGCAGGCAGCUCAGAAGGACUCCCAGCUGAAAGUGAUGGAGGGGAGGCUGAAGCAGACAGAGAUAAACAGCGCCACCCAGAACCAGCUGCUCUUCCACAUGCUGAAGGAAAAAGCCGAGAUCAACCCCGAGCUGGACGCCCUGCUAGGCAGCGCCCUGCAAGAGUUAGGGUUCCUGUUACCAGCUGCAGAAAACGGGGACUGCAGCAGCAGCGACGAGUCUACACAAUGUCCAGCUACAGAUGGCAGCACAAUGUCAUCAGAUUUGAUGAAGUUGUGUGGCGAGUCCAAACCAAGAGGAAAGGCUCGAAGGCGGACUACCACCCAGAUGGAGCUGCUCUAUGCUAGCAGUGGAGAUUUGGCCUGCGAGUCCCCCACCGGAGACUUCCCGUCUCCUCUGCUGCCCCUCGCGGAGCGAGGGCCGGCAGACAUGUGGGGUCACCCAGCUGGUCAAGCCCCAGACCACGAGCGAACGGUCUCACCAUCUGCGCUGUCUGCCAGGCCAGCUGGCUUCUCAGGAUCUAGGUCGCCUACGGGAGUGGAGAGGAAACAGCUGGAGGGCUCACCUCUGAACCGCCGGAAGGUGCUGGAAAAAGGCCCCACUGUGCCUCCCAUUGCAGCCCCGGCACAGACACCUCCAGCGGGCCCCGCAGAAACUAAAACUAAAGGCAGCGAAUACAAAUCAAUGCUUGAUGAUUCGCCUGUAUUUGAAGGAAACAGGGGUGUGAUCAAUCCUGUGACGGCUCCUAAGAACAGUCGGGGCUCCAGGAUUCAGUGCGUCCACGUAGCUGAGGGCCACACCAAACCUGUUCUCUGCGUGGAUGCAACAGAUGACCUACUUUUUACUGGCUCUAAAGAUCGGACUUGUAAGGUCUGGAAUCUGGUGACGGGCCAGGAGAUCAUGUCUCUCGCAGAUCAUCCCAAUAGUGUCGUCUCAGUCAGGUACACCUCCAGCCUUGUCCUCACUGUUUCCUCUGCCUACAUCAAAGUCUGGGAUAUUCGAGACUCCGCUAAGUGUAUCCGUACACUGACGUCAUCAGGCCAAGUGGGGUCAGGGGAUACAUGCUCCACUGCUAAAAGUUUAUCUAUCCCACCGGGAGAGAGUCAGAUAAACCAGAUCGCCCUCAACACUUCCGGCUCGUUUCUGUACGCUGCGGCUGGGAACUCCAUCCGCAUGUGGGACCUCCGCAAGUUUGUCUCUACUGGAAAGCUAAUAGGCCAUUUGGGGCCUGUGAUGUGUCUGACAGUCGAAAAGACGGGCCAUGGACAGGACACCGUGCUCACUGGCUCAAAAGACCACUAUGUCAAAAUGUUUGAAGUAACUGAAGGUGCACAGGGCAGCAUCAGCUCUAGUUACACGUUUGAACCCGCCCACCAGGACGCCGUGGAGUCUCUGGUUAUUCAUGGUGACGUCUUCUAUAGCAGCUCCAGAGAUUAUUAUAUAAAGAAGUGGGACAUGGGAAGUAAAAAGUUUGUACAGUCAGUCAGCACACAGACAGACUGGGUUAGUGCUCUGGGCGUGGUUCCAGGCUCCCCAGUGCUCCUCGGGGGAUGCAGAGGAGGGCUGCUUCGCCUUUGGCAUACCGACUCACUGGCACCCCUUGGUGAGGUCCAGGGGCAUGACAGUCCCAUCAAUGGCUUGGCAACCAACAGUACCCAACUAUUCACAGCCUCUGAUGACCGCACAGUGAAAAUUUGGGAAGCAAAAAACUGCUUGGAGGAAGGACACUAACAGCUGCUCUCUGGUGUCGACAGACAUCCAGUCUACAUGUUAGCUUUUUUCACUCAAGGUUGAUGUUGGUCCACUAUUGCUGCCCAUAAGUGAUCUGCAUCAGGAAAACCAAAUUGGAUGUUAUUUUUUCCAGGUGAACUUAGUUACUGAUAUUUUAGGUCAACACCAAUUCGCAAAACAGGAAGGCCUUUAAAAUGUCUUCUAGAGUUACAGUGGCCUGAUGUCAGUCAGGAAAAUAUGAUUUAUUCUUUUGUAUUCAUUCUGGGAUCUGGAUCCAGGAGGGCAACAUCUAUGCAUAGUGUUGUUUUUUGUGUUAAAUAAAUGUGGUUAGUCUUCAGCAUCGUUUUGUAAUCAAAGCCUUGAAAAUUUCUUCCAACAUCAUUAAUAACUGUGAUCAUAUCUUGUGUGUUGACAUGAUGUCCUGUUUGUCACAACAAUGCAGUGCAGGUCAUUUUGGUUGUGCGAGUGUGUUUGUGUGGGGGAAGUUUCCAGAUGUUGCAGAUGACAGGACCAAGAUACUAAAAGUUUGUUUGUAAAGUUGUUUCUGCCCAACACGCCUUUGAUAAAAUACUGGUUAUGGUCCAUUUGUGGCAUGUUUUUUGCUCAUUUUUCUUUUUCCUUUUUGAUUUUAUAAAAGAAUAAAAUGAUGCAAGAACUUCAGAAUAUAAACCCAGUCCAUGCCUUGAAAAAAAAGCUCAAAUAAAAUGAAGUUACUAAUUGCAUCAUUUGGAAUAGGCUAAAACUUUGAAAUGCUAAUUUAGCUU